AUGCCAAUUUCGACUCGCCUCCAUCUCUUUGCAAGGCCUUUACUCUCUUCCUCUCUCCUUUACCCUUUGCGCCAGAAUGGAAUCAGAACAAUAUUGACCAGGAUUGGCACAAGGAACUUCUCGCUUUCUUCUACAGUUUCAGCUGAAGCUUCCGGUUUAGAAUGUGAUGAGAUCUUCGAUGACGUGAAAGCGGCAGAGAAAAAUAAUGCACUUUGCUUGGCUGUCUCGCAGCUCGCUAGCGAGUUUAGCAAGGAGUCAAUGUUAUCUUUGCGGAAGUUUUUCGGUGUACGCUAUGCCAAUGUGGUAUCUACUGGCUCUUUGAAGCUUGACUUAGCUCUUGGAGUUGGAGGAUUACCAAAGGGUAGGAUUGUUGAAAUUUAUGGACGAGAAGCAGCUGGUAAGACGACUCUUGCCCUUCAGAUUAUUAAAGAAGCUCAAAAGCUUGGAGGAUAUUGUGCAUAUCUUGAUGUAGAAAGUGCAUUAGACCUUUCACUUGUGGAGUCAAUGGGUGUAAAUACCAAAAACCUUCUCAUCUCAAAUCCAGACUGUGCGGAAAAUUUGUUGAGCAUGGUUGAUACAUUAACAAAAAGUGGAGCUGUAGACGUGAUUGUGGUUGAUAGUGUUGCUGCUCUUGUCCCAAAAUGUGAACUUGAUCAAUUGGGAGUUGCUACGAGUCAUGAUUUACAUUCACGAAUGAUGACUCAAGCACUACGGAAAAUUAAUUAUUCAUUAUCCCGCUCCCAAACUCUCUUAGUUUUUGUUAAUCAGGUUAGAUUUAGUCCAAAAUUAUUCGGGGGACGUGGACCUAUGGAAGAGGUCACUUGUGGUGGAAACGCUUUGAGAUUCUAUGCAGCUGUUCGUUUGCGACUUUCAAGAACGGGAUUGAUCAAAACCGAAGAUAAGGUUGAGGGUAUUACGGUAUGUUGCCAAGUAGUAAAAAAUAAACUAGCACCCGCAGCAAUGAAAAAAGCUGAACUAGGUAUCAAGUUUGGAAGAGGCUUUUGCCAAGAAUCAGAGGUCUUUGAUUUGGCUUGUGAACACGGACUCAUUAUGAAAGACAAAGGGAACUAUUUUAUUGAAGGGGAGGCUCUUAGUAGUAGAGAAGCUGCUGAAGUAUUUUUGGUUAAAAAUAAGAAGAUUUGUGACAAGUUAGUUAUGGACAUGAAACGACUUUAUCUUUAA